AUGGAAGACCGCCAAUACCAAAACAAGAAAACAUCGAAGAGAAAUGCAUUAGAUCUCUUAUCUCCUGGAGGGUUUGCUUUGUUGCUGGCAGCAAUCCUGCAGUCCCAAGAUGGUGUGGUGGUGCACUUUGGGCUUGUUUGCUCAACCUUCAUAGCAAUAUCACGUGGCUCGACAUAUCGAAGCUAUUUCCGUCCAGAAGGAGAUCCCUCUUCCCCAUCUGUUGCAAGAAGCAAUUUGCUCGCAGCAAGGACAUGCCUCGCUAUUCUUUUGGUGAUGGCGAAGAGAGGCGUGUGGGUACUGGAGCAGCCAUCCAGUUCUUUGGCAUUCCGGUUGCGGCGGUUUCAGGAUCAAUUGGUACGGAAAACACGUGUCUACCGCCAAUCCUUCUGGAUGCGAGGGUGGGGAGCCACCACGCCAAAACGAACCACCUUGUGGUCGAACAGCACCGCAGUUCGUUUCUUUUCCACAUCCAAGAAGGCUAGGUCGAUAGGUAAGGGCAAAGGGCCCAAGCUUGCCGAAGUCUACCAUGACAAGAGUGGCCGCAAAAGAUACAAAGGAAUUCCCCAAGCUUUGCGCAAAAGCCAGGAAUACCCUGUUGGCUUUGGGCUCCGCUUCGCACAAACAAUGAAGCGCUUCCUCAAGGAGAGGUCACCUUUGCUGAGUCCUCAUCCUGCCCCCAGCCCAAAUCAUCUUCUCCCAUGCCACGUCAUGCCACAGCCGGAGAUUGACGACCUAUGGGCAGAUGCCAAGAUGGAAGAGGUGAUCGAAUACUUGGCCCGAGCAUCCUCCCUGAGGGCUGCCCGACAACGUCUUCAAACUUUGGCUGAUCAAAAGCAUGAACAGCCUGCAUCAGCCAGCGAGGCGAAAGGUGUGGCUGAUGAGGGUGAAGAUCCAGGGCUUGCCGAAACGAAGGUUAGCCAGGAGAUUUACCGACAGUGGAAGUGUGGUGGUGUUCAGCGACGGGCUUUGCUGGACACACUCAUCGCAUCAGGUGGUGACAAGGACUUGUACGAUGCCUUCAAAAAGAAGAUCGAGCACCUGCAGAAGCGAACCCGGAAGAACAAGUUUCAUGUUGAACGAGGCUUCUACACAAAAGAGGCCAUGGCAAAGGAACUCAAAUGGAGCAAGCGCGAUCUUUACGAAAAGAAGAUCAAGGAGUACUGGGUCAACGUGAAAACCACUGGGGCAUAUGAGCAGGAGCAUGAGGAGUCCUUGGUGGAUCGUACUGUUGGUGAAGGGACCGCAGAAGCUUUCAACCUUGGUCUCCCAGCCGAGGGAGACGGAGCCAUGCUGCCUGAAGAGGCAGAACCUGGGGCCGACACGGAUCUUGACGAUCCUGAUUUGGAGGAUGGGAAUGCAAGUGCGGGUACGAGCAAGUUUCCAGGCAAAGCGCAGGUUGAAAGGGAAUCUGUUUUGGAGGCUGUUGAGAACGUGGGCACUGUGAUGACCAACCUCCUACGGGUUCAAACACGGAUGGAAACGCUCCGGGACCGGCUUGCAGCCACGGAUUCACCCGAAGCAAAGGCGAGCAAAAACAAGGUCGAGGGAUUCCGCACGAAAUUGAUGACCUACCAUGAUGAGCUAGCUGACCUCAAGUCAUACUUUGAUGGCCAGCAUCAUGAUGAUGUUUUUGACCAAGAGAAGCUUGAUUGUUGA